AUGGCGAAGGUGGUGAAAAUAGACAUUAUCACAAGAGAGAUAAUCAAGCCAUCUUCUCCAACUCUUCAACACCUUAGAUUCAUGAAGCUUUCUCUUCUUGACCAGUUAAAUUUCACAAUGUCCACACCAAUACUUUUCUUCUACCCUAACAAAAUUCAAAAUAUAAAACAAAAAUCCCAACUCCUAAAAUCAUCUUUGUCAAAAACGCUUACCCUUUUCUACCCACUUGCUGGUAAGCUCAAAGAUCAUUCCUUCAUCCAUUGCAAUGAUCAUGGCGUUGAAUUCGUUGACGCUCUUGUUGAUUGCCCUAUGACAGAUAUAUUUCAAAACCCAGAUAAUUUUUUGCUUGAAAAGUUUAUUUCUGUUGAUUUUAAUCACACAGAAUCAUCAUUCAGAGGUGCUGUGAUUCAAGCCAACUUCUUUACUUGUGGUGGUUUAGCAAUCGGAGUUAGCCUUUCACACAAGAUUGCAGAUGCAGCUUCCUUAGCCACAUUUCUCAUGGCAUGGACUGCUGCAUCUCUAGCCAAGGAAACACCGCAUACGGUGGUACCACAUUUCAUUUCCGAUACCAUAUUUCCUUCACCGGCGGAUUCCUUAACCUUACCACCGCCGCCACCGCUGCUGUUGACCAUAGAGACGACAACCAGGAGAUACGUGUUUGAUGCGUCCAACGUCUCCAUGCUCAAAGCUAAAGCUGCUAGUGCAACAGUGCAAACGCCAACUCGUGUUGAAGCUAUUACAGCAUUUCUCUGGAAAUGCUUAAUGAAUCUAUCAGGAAAAAAGCUGUCAAGAUUUAUAAAACAAUCUGUUCUGAUUCAGUCUGUGAAUCUCCGACCAAGGUUUGAUCCUCCCAUGCCUGAAAACUACAUCGGAAACAUGUCUGGAAAAUUUCUUGUCGAAACAAAGGACAGGAACAUAGAGCUACAAGGUUUGGUGGUUCUUCUAAGGAAAGGUUUAGAGCAGGUAAGCAAUGACGGAUCUAGGAGAAUCCUAGAGUUUGCCAAGAAGUUUGGAGAGCUGCAUGGUAGAGAUGAUGUGGACAUGUAUAGCUUCACAAGUUUAUGUGGAUUUCCAUUAUAUGAAGUGGAUUUUGGUUGGGGGAAGCCAAUGUGGGCUACUGUUACAAAUUUGGUGUUAAAGAAUUAUGUGGUGUUGAUGGAUACUAGGGAUGGAAAAGGAAUUGAGGUUUGCUUGUCUCUGAGUAAAGAGGAUGUGGAAUUGUUAGAAAGAAAUAAUCAAGAGUUGCUUACAUUUGCAUCUGUAAAUCCUUAUUUGGAAGCAUGUUUUUAAUUUUUAAU